AUGUUUAGUGAACCAAAAUUGGGUCCUAGUUAUAGUUGUAUAAAAUGUGAAAGAUACUACCAUCAUAAAUCAUAUACCGAACUACCUUGUGAGUUGCAACAUUCUUUGCACCCAAAACAUCCUCUUAUUCUCUUUAAUGAAAUGAAUUUUUUCAAGGACAAAAAAUAUAGCAAAUGCAAAGUUUGCAGACAAUAUCGUGGGCAAUACACUUAUGGUUGUUCUCAUUGCAACUUUAACAUUCACAACAAAUGUGCUUCUUUACCGCUCACCAUAGAAUUUGAAGUCCAUGAGCACCCAUUAACUCGCAUUUGGAGGUCGAUGAAGUUCACUUGCGACCUUUGUGGCAAAAAAGACACAGACUAUGGAUUUUACUACUGCUUGAGUUUCGAUUUUGUUACCCAUCUUAAUUGUGCUCUGGACGAGGAAAAUAGGGAGGACAUAAAUUUGAUGAAACUUAAAGAUGGAGAGUUCAAUGAGUCAGAAAAUGAAGAUUUAGAGCUCGAUGAAUCUAAUGACUCAGCAACUUACAUAGUCAAAAAAAUCAUUCUUUGCAAUGGCUUCACCUACAAGUGUAAUAAAUGCGAUUUUGAUCUCGAUGUUCAAUGUAGUUUGAUCUUGGAUAUUCUUACCCACAAAGGUCACGAGCAUUGUCUUUGCCUCCAACACAAGAUAUAG